GCGUCUCGUCCCCUUCCCCUCUCCUUGCUAGGGUUUUCUUGUUAUCCGCGUCGGAGCUCCGGGACAUCGCAGCUCGCGGCUCCGAAGAUUUGGUUGUCAUGGGGAAGCUCAUGGAGCAGCACGAGAUCCCGAUGCCAAGAUCUGGUUGGCCGCCUGCUAGUGCAGUCUGGCUGGCAGCUGAUGGCUUGGCCGAGAUCAGAUGGCAUCACGAAGUAGAUCCAAUUCCUGGUUUUGUUCUAGUUGCGUUCGCCAUGUACAAGGCUGAUAGUCGUUUAUGUUGGCACUUGGUCCUUGCAAAUGCGAUAACUGAUAAGUUAUUGCUUCCUGGUUGAAGUUGGGUAUGCCCGCCUGCAUUGGAGCUUUUAGACAGUAGGCUAAUUAAAUCUUGUUUGUUUUGGAUAACUAAGAUUUUCUGUCAUGCUAUUCCUGCCCUGAUUUUAGUAGGUAUUCGUCCUUUCAGCUGUUGAUCAUUUCUUUUCUGUGUCCUCCAAGGAAUGUAAAGUACAGUGUUACUGUGUGGAAUCAUUUUUAUUGUGUGCUAGUGCACCUAGUUGCUGCUAGCUGCGGUUCAUUUUAUUUUCACUGCCUGUGCAAACAUAUUUGGUUGUAUGAUUCCUUCAUAUAUGUAUUAGCACAUGGAUCUGUUUAUUUUCUUCUUCAUAAUCAACUUGUCGUGAAAAUCCAAGAGAUUGGCUAAUUCUUUGUAUGAUAGCUCAACUAAAUUUGCUCUUGCUUGCCUACUGAAAUAUGCAAGAGACAUAAACUGGUUAUAUUUAUUUUGCUCAAUAUUGCUAUCGCUGCUGAUCUUGCUAAUAAUCUUAUAUCCAUAAUUUAUUUUUCUGGGUUACAAUUUUUGAUCUGCUAGCUUGUCAGCAUAGUUUUAUAUAUAGUCUUGUGGUAGAUAGAUUAUUUGUUGCUAAGACCUGGGGUUAACGUCACCUUGUUGGAGGUCAGGUGAACACUAUGUUGUUUUCUGUAGUUAUGAACUGAUUGCUAGUAUGGUACAGGUUCGUCACUCAUAAUUCAUGAUGUAGAUUGAUAUGGUACCGACAAGAUUAAUUGUCUAGUUUUUGCAUACAACCUGGAUUAUGAUUUAAUUAUGAUAUUGGGUGCUCUGUUCAAGUGUUCAACUUUCUAAGAACUAGUUUUCUGCUUUAAUUAUGAUUUAGUGUAAUUUUGUUCCUGGAUUAUCUACUUGCUACUCUCCAUAGUAAAUAUUGGGUGUGGCGCUGGGGAAGAAAGAGUAGAAAGACGAGAUGGAAUAUUCAUGCUUGUCAGGCACAAACGAGGUUCACAGAGAGGGAUAUUAGAAUCCUAUAGUAUGGAAGAUGUAGCCAUCUUGUUGGCUAGUGCUUGAUUCUUGCCAUUGUAUCCUCUACAUCUUAUAAUAUGCCACUAUUCUUUGAUAGCAGUGCUUGGUUCUUGAUUGUAGACUUUUAUUUUCCACUGCUCUCGACUCUAAUGAUUGUGUGUAAUGCUGUCGUUUAGAUCUGUGUUUUAUUGGGUUAUACCAGAUACAGACCAGAUGAAUUGUGAUAUUGGAGUUUCUGUUAUACAUGCUACAUAUACAACUGUUGCUAGAUCUAUCGUGAGUUUUUUUUCCAUCGUGCAUAGUAAACUUCCUGUUAUCUUCGAAUUUUUUCUUCAGUUAUCUUCUGAAAGUGUGUCUUUCUCAUGGUAACUGAUGCAUGUGGUUCAUGUGCCCAAUUUCUAAACCACUGAUGUAGUUAUCUGCUCCAGUUUGAACGCAGCUCACUCGUGGCAUUGUCUAGAAUUCAGGAUCGUGUUAGUAUCUGUGGUACAGCACAUCAUCAUCAAGAACGGUGGGCACUCUGGCACAAAAGGAUUAAUUGCCAAUUUGGAGCUUUUACACACGUAGCUGUGAAUCUUUUGAUCCAGUUCCUUGCCAUGCACGAGCACCGCCUCACAUAUUAUUAUUGGUAAAAGUAGCCAUUCCGGUGUCAUGUCUGAAUCUGAACUUUUAGCUGUACAACAGUAACAUAUCCGACACAUCGCUGCCUCUGCAUAAAUUUUGCAUGACAUCAAGCUGAACUUUCUGUAUUUAUUUGUCUUGCCGUCCAAAAUUAAACCUUAUAUUUGCUUGUGAAAUGGUUAUCGUAAAAACAUCCACAUAUCUAGUGCAAAGAUUAGAUUUUUACUCGGGUCACUAUGUCCAUGUAGAGGUAAAGUUACAGUUUUUAUUAUCUAGCUUAAUGCACCACAAUCCCCUACCAUCCCCAAAAAUCAAAGUAACUAGAGGGGUUGGGAAAAUGUGGGAAGUCUGGGGAAAAGUGGGGAUUGGGUGAAAGGGAGGGGUUCACCAAAUCCCCUCCAAUCCCCAACCCCUAGGUGUUUGGAAAUACUCUAGGAGUAAACAAGGCCUUAGGAAACGGACGCUCUAUUCACUAAGCUACAGGCGCCCUUGUUGAAUUAAAUAUCCUGUUUUGUUACUUAACUUUUGUUUUCCGAAAUUACUUGUUACUUCGGCAGUUCUCUAUGUUUAUGCCCUCUUGUCCCUGCAAGGCUGUCCCGAUCUCGCCCGGCUCCUCCUCUUCUUCGGCAACCAUGAUCCAAGCGGUGAUGGCCAUCAGUACUCUGGGAAAGCCCCGCCUCCUCAAAUUCUACAACUUCCAGGACCCCGAGAAGCACCAGGAGCUCGUUCGCAGCAUCUUUCAGUUGCUGUCUGCGAGGCCGGAGGGUGUGAGCAAUUUCGUUGAGACCGAUGCAAUCUUUGGACCGGGGUCAAAACUGGUCUACAACCAUUUGGCGACACUAUACUUCGUUUUUGUCUUUGACAGCUCUGAGAAUGAGCUUGCUAUGCUCGACCUUGUACAAGUAUUUGUUGACACAUUGAAUAAAUGCUUCAAGAAUGUCUGCGAGCUUGACAUUGUAUUUAACUUCAACAAGCUGCACACAGUUUUGGAUGAAAUGAUACUGGGAGGUCAAGUGAUUGAAACAGGUUCAGAGGAAAUAAUGAGAUCUGUAGAAGAGAUUGCGAGGUUGGAGAAACAAUCAAGCACGACAAGCCUCAUACCAAAGUCGAUUUCGCAGCGCUUCAGCCGCUGAAAUUUUCCAGUCGUUUUCAGGACAGAAUCCGUAGGACCUUACCAGAAGAAAUCAGAUUGGUGUUUGAAUUUUUAUCUCCAGUGGCCUGUCAGUUCUCUGAAGUCUUGAGCAUCUCCUAUUCGACAUGAAAACUUAUUGGCCGACAUACAUGUCUCCCACCCAAGAGUUGUAAGUUGUAACCAGAAAUGUGACGACGCACGCCAUGCAUGCUGCAUCUGUAGAAAGACACUUUUCUUGUCAGAUGAUAUAUGAAUGCAGUGCUAUAUGCUCUUCUUUUGGUGUCUAA